UGAACUUCGACUACGACCGCGUAUGUUGUGGUGUGCAGAAGAAUGUUUUCAUAUCAGUAUGUCUUAGAUGUACGAUCUGUAUUAACUAAAGGUUUCGACGUAAACAAGAGUAUUACAUCAUAAUCAUUUCAAAAUCAGAGAUUUUGGCAGUUUGUCAUUGACAGUUACCACCACCGAAAGAAGGCUAUCACGAUAUCUCCUUUUUUAUUUGUAUUAACAUUUUCAUCCGGCGUCUGUUUAUUGAUAGUAUUGGAUUAUUUAUAGAUUUUCUGAAUGAGUUUUCUAUUUAAAGGCACAUUUUAAAAGGUGCAAUUUCAUAUUCAACAUUUCGUAAUGGAUCUUAAUAGACUUCUCCAUGUAACAAAAGGCACUCUACAUGUAUGCUUUGUUAUAGCUACAAAUCUGUAUUGUAUUCCUACGUACUUAUUAUGGAUGUGGGUAUUCCUCCUUCCUUUCCGAAUUAUUAAUCAUCCUGGUUACUGGUAUAUUGAAGGAGUCAUGUUCAAAUGGUUACUUUCUGUGGUUGCUUCUUGGAGCUGGAAAUCGCAUUACUAUAUUGUGGAGCUAGGAGAUGAUGUUAAUUCCUAUACCAAUGAUAGGUGUUUGUUUUUGGUAAAUCAUCAGUCUACAGCAGAUGUUCCUUUUUUAAUGCUGGCUUUCCAGGCGAAAGGAACGGUUCUACAAUCCAUAAUGUGGAUCAUGGACCGCUUAUUUCGAUAUACUAAUUUUGGGGCAGUUUCUGUAACUCAUGGAGAUUAUUUUAUAACUCAGGGUAAGAAUGUUCGAGAAUACCAAAUGAAGAAGCUGAGAGACCAUUUGCUUAAUGUGUAUCUUGGUCGCAAUAGACGUUGGAUCAUAUUGUUUCCAGAAGGUGGUUUCUUAUCAAAACGAAAAGAAACGAGUGUAAAGUAUGCUUCAAAAAAUAACUUUCCUAUACUUGAACAUGUUACACUUCCAAGGGUUGGAGCUAUGCAUGUUAUAUUAAAUACUCUCCAUAAUGGAAAUUUAAAAGAUGCUCUUGAUAAUGGAGAGGUUCCAUUAUUAAAAGGAACAGAAAAAGAAUGCAAACCAUUGAAAUGGGUUGUUGAUUUAACAGUAGCUUACCCAGAACCUCAUAAACCUUUAGAUUUGCUUGCUAUCUGUGCUUCUUCCCGUCCAUCAUGUGUUACUUACUUGCAUUACCGUCGUUAUUCUGUUAAUGAUGUGCCGCUGGACAAUAUGGAAGCCCUGCGAGACUGGGUAUAUAAACGUUGGAGUGAAAAAGAUGAACUCUUAGAAGAAUAUUACCGUACAGGAAAAUUCCCUUUAUUGCCUAAAAGCCAACGAAACAGCAAGAAUGAUGACCUAAUGUGUGAAGUAAAAUCACGUCAGAUUGAUAUGUCUAAUUGGUGGAUUGCAUUUCUUCACUUAUUUUUCAUUUCUUCAUCAUUUUUCCAUUAUUUUCUCCUGCGUAGAAUGUGGGAUUUUGCACAUUACUGGUAGUGAUGGUGAAAAUGUUGCCUUAAGAGCUUGCAUAUCCUUUUGUGGAUUGCAUGCUUUCAUACUCAGAGAAUUACAGACACUUGUUUUAUAAUACAUUUUCAUUUUUAAUCACAAUGGCUAUAUGCUACAUUUUAAAUGCAUGAUUUUUACAUUACUUGAGCCAUAAAUGAUGCAAUGAAAUCGUACAUUGUUUUAAAAUUUAUUUUUUAUAUGAAAAAAAGUUUGAAUCCUACUCCUUUAAUUAUUAUAAGUUCCCUAUUUUAAAAUUUCCUUACAUUUCAAUUUAAACUUACAACUUUUUCUAUGGAUAAUGCAGUAUAUUAUAUAAUAUGUUGUAUUUAAAAUUAUAUUUUCCAAAUGAAUAUUUAUUGUGAAGUUAAUAAAAACAUUUGAUUGUUAUGUUUCGAAGUAUACCUGUGAUAAUUCUGCACAUCAGAUCUGUGAUACUUGCAGUAAUUUUUUAAUGCAUUAAAAUUGCAUGUUUACUAAAUGUUUGGCCUAUGAAAUUAAUAUCUGUUAAUUCAAGAGAAAGUUUCUACACUUAGCUGCAUAAUUUAUGUAUUAUAAUUUGAAAAUUUUCAUGAAGUGUUAUUUACCGGUUAUACCAUUCAGCUGUCUCCCCUUUUCCUACAAGAAUUUCCUUGGUGCUACUAUUUGAAAAAUAAUUUAAUUUAAUUUUUCAUGCUGAAAUGUGAAAAUUAGAAUUAGAUUUUAAGAUGUUUAAAAAAUGUAAUAUAUUAGCAGUGGUCAGUUUUCUUCGAUUUAUAUUAGAUUUAAUGUGUGUUAAAUACUCAUGUGAAAGUAUUUGGCAUGUGCAGUUGCCUUAUUAAUAUAGAUCACUGUGAUUGUGUGAGCUUUUUUUAAUUAUUGCCUUACUCAAUUGUUGUAUAUAUUAGUGCCAUUUUUAAUUAUGUUUAUAUAAACUUUGUCUGUCAAAUUAUGCCAUAAAAGUGUAGAACUUUCUAUGUUUAUUGCUAUAUUUGAUUUAUGUUUUUGUACUUUGAUUUUUUUUUUCUGUUAAAUAACACUAGUAUUAUACUGAUGUUAUAUUCAUGUACAUAAACAUUACUGUGGUUGUGUGAUGCUGAGGUCAUUAUGUUGUAGAAUAAUAGUGCUUUUUUUUUACCUUUGUGGCCAAGGUAGUAGUAAUAAUAUACCCAAUGACAGUACUGUUGUAUAUUUUAAAUGUAUGAGUGGGUAAUCAAAGUAAAUUUUUAUGAAAUUCUGAGAGUAGUGAAUUAUGGUAAUUGAUCCUAAGUCAGAAUUAAUUGUGUAAAAAAUAAAAUAAAAAAAUAAUUAAAAAAAAAAAAAA